AUGGAGCUUGAAGAGGACCGCAGUGGAAGAGCAGGGAAGAACUCGAAGAUGGGCAAAAAAAGUAAGAAGGAGAAGAAUGAAAAGAAACCAAUUGUUGGUGUACUUGGAAUGUUUCGCUAUGCAGAUUGGCUUGAUAAGCUGUACAUGGUGUUGGGAACCCUAGCUGCCAUUAUCCAUGGAACUGCACUUCCCCUCUUAAUGCUCGUGUUUGGAAGCAUGACCGAUAGCUUUACAAAAGCAGAAAAUAAUAUUCCACCAAACAUUACUAAUCAAAGUGAAGUCAACAGACUACAGAUCCUCAACAAGAGCAGCCUGGAGGAAGAUGUUGCCAGAUACGCCUACUAUUACACUGGAAUCGGUGCUGGUGUGCUUAUUGUUGCCUACAUGCAGGUUUCAUUUUGGUGCCUGGCAGCUGGGAGACAAAUCCACAAAAUUAGACAGAAAUUUUUUCAUGCUAUAUUGAAUCAGGAGAUAGGCUGGUUUGACGUGCAUGAUGUUGGGGAGCUUAACACCCGGCUCACAGAUGAUAUCUCCAAAAUUAAUGAUGGAAUUGGUGAGAAAAUUGGAAUGCUCUUUCAGUAUAUAACAACAUUUUUUGCUGGUUUUAUAAUAGGAUUUACAAGUGGUUGGAAGCUAACCCUUGUAAUUUUGGCCGUUAGCCCACUUAUUGGACUGUCAGCUAGUAUGUGGGCAAAGGUAUUAAAUUCAUUUACUAAUAAAGAACUUCAGGCAUAUGCGAAAGCUGGAGCAGUUGCUGAAGAAGUCUUAGCAUCCAUUAGAACUGUGAUUGCAUUUGGAGGACAGAAGAAAGAGCUUGAAAGGUACAAUAAAAAUUUAGAAGAAGCUAAAAGUGUUGGGAUAAAGAAAGCCAUCACAGCCAGUAUUUCUGUAGGUGCGGCGUACCUACUGGUCUACGCAUCGUACGCUCUGGCAUUCUGGUACGGGACCUCUUUGGUCUUUUCAAAUGAAUAUUCUAUUGGACAAGUGCUCACUGUUUUCUUUUCUAUAUUAAUGGGGACUUUUAGUAUUGGACAUACAUCUCCACAUAUUGAAGCCUUUGCCAGUGCAAGGGGAGCAGCCUAUGAAAUCUUCAGUAUAAUUGAUAAUGAGCCAAACAUUGACAGCUUCUCCACAAAGGGACACAAACCCGACAACGUGAAGGGAAAUUUAGAAUUUAGAAAUGUUCACUUCAGCUACCCAUCUCGGAAGGAUGUUCAGAUCUUGAAGGGCCUCAAUCUCAAGGUGCAGAGCGGGCAGACAGUGGCCCUGGUUGGGAGCAGUGGCUGUGGGAAAAGCACCACCGUCCAGCUGCUGCAGAGGCUUUACGACCCCACAGAGGGCGUGGUCAGUAUCGACGGGCAGGACAUUCGGACCAUAAAUGUGAGGUAUCUGCGGGAAAUCAUCGGUGUGGUGAGUCAGGAACCUGUGUUGUUUGCAACCACGAUCGCAGAAAACAUUCGCUAUGGACGAGAAAAUGUCACUGUGGAGGAGAUUGAGAAAGCUGUCAAGGAAGCCAACGCUUAUGACUUUAUCAUGAAACUGCCUCAUAAAUUUGACACCUUGGUUGGAGAAAGAGGGGCCCAGCUGAGUGGUGGGCAGAAACAGAGAAUCGCUAUUGCCCGUGCCCUGGUUCGCAACCCCAAGAUCCUCUUGCUGGAUGAGGCCACGUCAGCCUUGGACACAGAAAGUGAAGCGGUGGUUCAGGCUGCUCUGGAUAAGGCUCGAGAAGGCCGGACCACCAUCGUGGUAGCUCAUCGAUUGUCUACAAUUCAUAAUGCUGAUGUCAUUGCCGGGUUGGAGGAUGGCAUCAUUGUGGAGAAAGGAAAUCAUGAUGAACUCAUGAAAAAGAAAGGCAUUUAUUUCAAACUUGUCACAACGCAGACCAGAGGAAAUGAAAUGGAGCUAGAAAAUGAAGCUGAUGAAUCCAAAACCACCACUCAUGCCUUUGAAUUAUCUUCAGAAAAUUCAGGAUCUCUUGUAAUAAGAAAAUCAGAUUGCAAAAGUAUCCAUGGACCAGAAGGUCAAGAGAUAAGACUUAGCACAAAAGAGGCUCUGGAUGAAGUUGUAUCUUCAGUUUCCUUUUGGAGGAUCCUAAAACUGAAUUUAACUGAAUGGCCUUAUUUAGUGAUUGGGGUAUUUUGUGCUGCUAUCAAUGGAUGCAUUCAGCCAGUAUUUGCCAUAGUAUUUUCAAGGAUUGUAGGGGUUUUUACAAGAAAUGAUGAUACUGAAACCAAACGACAAAAUUGUAACUUCUUUUCACUAUUAUUUCUGGUUUCUGGAAUUGUUUGUUUUAUUACAUAUUUUCUUCAGGGGUUCACAUUUGGCAAAGCUGGAGAGAUCCUCACCAAGCGGCUCCGAUAUAUGGUUUUCAAAUCCAUGCUGAGACAGGAUAUGAGCUGGUUUGAUGAUCAUAAAAAUACCACUGGCGCAUUGACCACCAGGCUUGCCAAUGAUGCUGCUGACGUUAAAGGGGCUAUGGGUUCCAGGCUUGCUGGAGUUACCCAGAAUGUAACCAAUCUUGGGACAGGAAUCAUCAUAUCCUUAAUCCAUGGCUGGCAGCUAACGCUUGUACUCAUAGCAAUUGUACCGCUCAUUGUAUUAGGUGUCGCUGUUGAAAUGAAAAUGUUGUCUGGUCAAGCACUAAAAGACAAGAAAAAACUAGAGGUUUCUGGGAAGAUUGCUACUGAAGCAAUAGAAAACUUCCGAACUGUCGUUUCUUUGACUCGGGAACAGAAGUUUGAAAACAUGUAUGCCCAGAGCUUGCAGGUCCCAUACAGAAAUGCUUUGAAGAAAGCACAGAUCUUUGGGAUCACAUUCUCCUUCACCCAGGCGAUGAUGUAUUUUUCUUAUGCUGCUUGUUUCCGGUUUGGUUCCUUCUUGGUGACACAUGAUUUGAUGACUUUCCAAAAUGUUCUCUUGGUAUUUUCCGCUGUUGUCUUUGGUGCCUUAGCAGCAGGGAAUGCCAGUUCUUUUGCUCCUGACUAUGCCAAAGCCAAAGUGUCGGCAUCACACAUCAUCAUGAUCAUUGAAAAGGUCCCCGAGAUUGACAGCUACAGCACAGAAGGCCUAAAGCCUAAUAUGUUGGAAGGAAAUGUGGCAUUUACUGGAGUCAUGUUCAACUAUCCCACUCGACCUAACAUCCCAGUGCUUCAGGAGCUGAACCUUGAAGUGAAGAAGGGCCAGACACUGGCCCUGGUGGGCAGCAGUGGCUGUGGGAAGAGCACGGUGAUCCAACUGCUUGAGCGCUUCUAUAACCCCCUCUCCGGAACAGUGUUUCUAGAUGGUAAAGAAAUAAAGAAACUGAAUGUCCAGUGGCUGCGAGCACAACUGGGCAUUGUGUCCCAGGAGCCCAUCCUGUUUGACUGCAGCAUUGGUGAGAAUAUCGCCUAUGGAGACAACAGCCGGGUCGUGUCCCAGGAUGAGAUCGAGAGGGCGGCCAAGGAGGCCAACAUCCACCAGUUCAUCGAGUCACUGCCUGAUAAAUACAACACCAGAGUAGGAGACAAAGGAACUCAGCUGUCUGGUGGUCAGAAGCAACGAAUCGCCAUAGCCCGCGCCCUUGUUAGACAGCCUCAUAUUUUGCUUCUGGAUGAAGCAACAUCAGCUCUGGACACAGAAAGUGAAAAGGUUGUCCAGGAAGCCCUGGACAAAGCCAGAGAAGGCCGCACCUGCAUUGUGAUCGCUCACCGCCUGUCCACCAUCCAGAACGCAGACUUAAUCGUGGUGAUUCAGAAUGGCAAGGUCAAGGAGCAGGGCACCCACCAGCAGCUGCUGGCACAGAAAGGUGUCUACUUCUCAAUGGUCCAGACUGGAGCAAAGCGCUUGUGAACUGUGACUAUUUGAGAUGCUUAACAUUGUUAAUUAUGGUGGAUAACUAUGGCAUUUAAUCAAAGUUAUAAAGCAAGAAUUUAUUGAAUUAAGUAUUUAAUAUUUCCUGCCACUAUUGAAAAUUUUGUUGAGCUUAAACAGAAAUUUCAUAAUUAAGUGAACUGAAAUUGGAAAAGUCAUCAAAUAGGGCCAGUGUUUUUAAUUAUAUGAUGAAAUUUUAAAGAUUUUUUAAAAUAAAGUAUAUAAUUUUGCUUAACUUUCUAAUUUCAACUGUAACUGCCUUGCUAAAUGAUUAUAGAAGUUGUAAAAAAGUCCUGAACUGUUCCUUAAAGUGCCUAUAAAAACCAAAUUUCAUAUAA